ACCACUCCUGCGACUACCCCCAUCUCUUUCUCUCUCCUCUCUCUCUCUCUCUCUCUACAUCCAUUCACGUAUCUCUGCUAAGUUGCGCCAGUCUGCCAUUUUCGCAGCUCGGAAGAUCAUCAUUCACCUCUCACUUCAUCAUCACCCCACUCCUCAUCUUCUUUAAAUCAUCUCUCUCUCUCUCUCUGUCUCUGUCCUCCAUAAUUCACUCUCUCUCUAAUCUUUUACUCUCUCUUUCUUCGGUCCUUGAUCUCUCGGCCAUGUCGGAGGGUUUCGAGACCUACCACGUCCCGCAACAGAGCAGGAGAGACAAGCUCAGAGUCGUCGUCGUCCAAAACCAGAACCACCCAUCUUCUUGCCUCGUCGAACCCACCGCAGCCAACCUCCAUGGGUGCGCCGGCUUGCUCCCUCUGUACGACCCGUCCCUCCUCCAGCCCGAUUUGCUUGCCUGCGCCGGCGGCGGCGGCGGCGGCCACAACUCAAUCUCCCUCGUCAAGGAAGAGGGGGGAGGCGCGAAUCUGAUCGGCUUCGUCGGCGGCGGCGGCGGAGGGUCGUCCUCCUCGUCGGCUUCUUCCUACUUGGAUCCGCACUCCACUAUGGUGAUAAACCCUAGCUCGAUCGGCGACAUGGGCAGCGCGAGCCACCCGCUGUUCCUCUACGCAGCGACUCAAGGCAUCGAAGGCACCCUCGGGAACUUGUCGCAGCCGUACAACGCUGGCGGCGGAGGCGAGCCCCCUCUGUCGCUGGCGCACGACUCGGGUGCGGGGAACAACGGCCAAGGACUGUCGCUCUCGCUGUCGUCUCAUAUGGGUAACACCAGAAACCACCAAAACGCACUCCCCCUUGAGCUGAAUUUGCAGAGAUUCGGAUCCGCCGCCGUGUAUGGCGGGAAGGCGGCCGCUUCCGGCGGCGGCGGGGCUUACAUGAGCAGCCCCGUCCCGCUCGGGCCUUUCACGGGCUACGCGUCCAUCCUCAAGGGGUCGAGGUUCUUGAGGCCCGCGCAGCAGUUGCUCGAGGAGCUUUGCGAAGCGGGCCGCGCAAUUUGCACCGAGAAAAUCACGGCCGAUUCGUGCGCGAUGACGGAGCCUGCCAUGGAGAACUUGAGUGGUGGUUGCGGGACUAGUGUGGACGAUGGUUGUGGCGGAGACGGCGGCGAGUUUCGCCGGAAGAAGUCGAGGUUAAUCUCGAUGCUCGACGAGGUCUGCAGGAGGUACAAGCAAUACUGUCAGCAAAUGCAAGCUGUUGUAGCAUCAUUCGAAUGUGUAGCGGGGCUUAGUAAUGCAGCUCCUUAUGCAAACUUGGCUUUAAAAGCUAUGUCCAAACAUUUUAAGUGCCUAAAAAAUGCAAUUGCUGACCAACUUCAGUUCACCAACAAGGCUUUUAGUCAAGUAAGCCAAAAAAGAGAUGAUGCAUCAAGAUUGGGGACUGAGGAUCGAGUCCAGUAUGCCCAGAGAGCUAUCCAGAAUUCUGGAUAUCUGGAGCACCAGCCUGUUUGGCGUCCCCAAAGGGGACUUCCUGAACGUGCCGUAACAGUUCUGAGGGCAUGGUUGUUUGAACAUUUUCUUCACCCCUAUCCGACGGAUACAGACAAGCUUAUGCUGGCUAAACAAACGGGUCUAUCCAGAAGUCAGGUUUCUAACUGGUUUAUCAAUGCGAGAGUGAGGCUUUGGAAACCCAUGGUUGAGGAAAUACACAUGCUAGAAACACAGCAAGGCCAGAAAUCAUUGCAAAGGGAGGAUCGCAACGUUAACAAGUCUACGGACCAGCUACCGCUGGCAAAUUCGUUUUCUUCUGAAAACCCGUCCACCUCUGCUCAGAGGCUCCACGAUGCCCUACCUAAGCGAUCCAGAAGUGAGAUUCCCAUUGCCGUGCCUAUGAGAAAUGAUGAAUCGCUCAAUCUGUACCACAAUCUGUCUAGCCACCCACAUGUUGCUGUUAGUGAAAGCAUUGGAGGUUUGAGCAGCGGUGUUUCUUUAACACUGGGUCUUCACCAGAAUAACAACGGGAUGGGUUUGUCAGAUUCGUUCCCUGUCAACGCAGCGCAGCGUUUUGGCAUGGGCCUUGAAACGACCAACGAAGGGUAUGUUGUAGGUAGUUUUGAAGCCCAGGAUAGGCAUUUUGGAAGGGAUGUUUUUAGCGGUCAACUUUUGCAUGACUUUGUUGGCUGAAGUUUUUCUUGACUAGAACAGCCUGGGGGUCAUUUGUCGGAGUACUGUUUCAUCAAAGUUACAGUAGAUGCUCUUAGAUCAACCAGGACAACCCCGAGUCGACACCAGUGAAAGGAAGUUUGCGACUUCUGCCAUAAGAUUAAGAUAAUGUAAGAAGGUACGUGUUCAGUUCUUCUCAUUAUGUAGACUUUGCCUGUUAUUAUUGGAGUAUAUGGGUCUUGCUUUA